AUGCAGCAGGAGGGUUUAUCUACGGUGUAUGUGCUGCACGGGGUGAAGAGACACCUCUUAGAUUGCAGCGCUGUUGCUGCUGAGUUGCAUCGAUGGCACUUCAGAGUUCAAGAAGCAGAGCUGCUGCUGCAGUCGGUGAGGCCAGGAGAGCUGCAGGAAGCCUCGCAGCAGCAAGCAGCAGAAGAAGCAGCAGAAGUUGCGUCGUGUUUAAUGCAUGCAGCUGUGCUGCUGGGCUCUCUUCCUGAAGCAGCAAUAAGGAGACAAACAGCUGAAAGACUGCAGCAAAGAGUUUUGUCCCUUGUCUCCCUGCUGUUAAAGGAGUCUGUGUGCAGCAACAGCCUUAGCGGGUUUCGUUGUGCUGUCUCUGCUUUGAAUAAACUCGGUGCUGCUGAGUGUCUCCUUAAAGAGCUGCCUGCAGCACUGAGGUCUCUGCUGCAGCGUGAAUGGGUUUGCUUCUGGCAGCAGACUCCUGCUGCGGAUGCUGAUGCAGCAGCAGCAGCAGCAGCAGCAGCAGGAGCAGCAGCAACAGAAGGGGGAGCAGCAGGAGGUGCACCAGGAACAGCAACAGCAGGAGCAGGAGGAGCAGCAGCAUCACGAGCAGCAGCAGCACGAGGAGGAGGAGGAGGAGAGUACGGUGGCAGCAGCGAGCUGCAGCUGCUGCAGCAAGACUUGCUGCUAGCAGCAGCAACAGACAAGGUGUUUGUUAAUAAUAUAUUUGCUGAUGUCUCUUCAUCUCAAAGAAAAAUUGCUGAGGCUGAGGCCCUUAUUGCAUAUGCAGAGCGCUGGACUUCCAUCGUUGAAGAGACAGCAGGUUUGCUGCGUGCAGCAGCAAUUGCUGUAGGAACAGGAAGGAGACAGAGAGACACCGAGGGGCCCCUCACUCCAUCUCCACUAAGUGGGGCCCCUCAAUGGGGACCCUCACCAGGGGGCCCCCAUCAAGGGGGCCCCCCACCAGGGGGCCCCCAUCCAGGGGGCCCCUCAUUAGGGGGCCCCCAUCCAGGGGGCCCCCCAUUAGGGGCCCCCCAUCAGGGGGUCCCCCAACUAAGUGGGGGCCCCCAUCAUGGGGGCCCCCCAUCAGGGGCGCCCCCAUUAGGGGGCCCCCCAUCAGGGGGCCCCAUUGAGGGGGGUGUUAUAGGGGGUAAGUUUGCUGCUGAGGAGCAGCAGAUGCACUCGUCUGUUUCUCCUUUUGAAGGCGAAGGCCCGACAAACCCUGAGGUGCGCAGCUUAUGGUUGUCUCUUCUUCUUGCUUCACUUGCAGCAGGAGCAGACGUCCCUCUGCCCUACUUAGAGAGGCUGCUGCAGCGCUUCCGCCUUCAGCAGCAGCAGCAGCAACAGCAGCAGCAGCAAGACGGGCUGGAGCUUGCGGAGCAGCUUCUAGAUGCAUAUGAAGUUGUGGCGACCCUAAUCAAUGCGACGCCUGCAUUUGCAGAGACAGAAGCAACAGAGCCCCACCUGUGGGAACGGGCUGUUAGUCAAAUGGAAGAGGAGACACAAGCUGCUGUGGGGUAUAUUGUGGGGUGUCUCCCUUCUCUCUGCAAGAAGUGCAGCGCUGCUGCUGCUCCUUUUCUUGUUGCUGCUGCUGAUGCUGCUCUUGUCGAGCAGCUUAAUUGUCUUACUCCUCGAGUAAAUGCUUUUCAUCAAUCCGUGGCGUUCCAGGCGAAGAGCUCGUUGCAGCAGCACAAGGAUCGCUUCUGCGGUUCUUCGUUUGGGGCUUUGCCCCUAAAUUCAUCUAUGCUUUCUGCUUGUUUGCAGUUGCAUGCGCUGAUGUCUUCGCUGCAGCAUAAAUUGCAGGAGGUUGGGCUUGUCUUGGGUGAGCAGCUGGCGCCUGCAGCAGGACGCCCAAAUCGCCUCAGCCACUGCGUGGAGCUGCUGCUGCAGCAGCCGGACUUCCCUCUACUGUCUCCUUCACCUGCUGCUGUACGUACAGCUCAGAAGGCCCUUAUAAACUCUGGAGCAGCAGCAACCCCACAACAUUUGCUGCCUCUCUCCUUUGGGGCUCAUGCUGCUCUUGCUGCAGCAUCACAAGAUCUUGUUGUUUGCUGCUGCUGCAUGCCAGUUGAUCUCUUCUUGCAGCACUGCUAUGCAGACACCCUAACAGCAGCAGCAGCAGCUGCUGCUGCUGCUGCUGCAAGCAGCAGGAACAGCACCAGCAAUGGCAUGGGGGCCACCAGCAACAGCAGCAGCAGCAGCAGCAGCAGCAUGAGCUCUAUUAUAGACCCUGCGGAGACAGCAGCAUUUGAAGGCCUCAACCCCACAGCUGCAGUGACUGCUGUCGGAGAACAUAUUUUAACUCUGCUGCCUCUUCUAGAAGAUGCGACGCCCCCAGCAGAUGCUGGGUGGAGUUGGGUGUCUCUGCUGCUUCAGUCUCUUUCUAAGAGUUAUUGUCGUUUGCUGCUGGGCUGUCUGCAGCAGCUGGAGGCGCAGGGGUUUUCUGGAUUGUGUGCUGCUGGUGCUGCACCUGGUGCUGCUGCUGCUGGUGCUGCAGCUGCUGCAGGGGGCCCCUCUGUUGUGCUACCGCGGGGACAGUCCACCCCACACCGAGGCCCUGGGAUCGGGCGAUCCCAGCUGCAUUCAGCGAAUUGCUGGCUUGCUUGCGUUGUAGCUGAUGUGGGGUGUCUCCUUCGCCUUGCAGAGACACUUGGUGUUUGUGUUGUGGGGGAGGGAGAGGAGACAGUUGAAGAUCCUCUAGGGUUUGCUGUCAUGCAUGCAGCAUUAAAACGUAUUCUAGACGCAUCAUGUGCUUCUGCUGCCGGUGCUGCAGCUCCUGCUGCUGCAGCUGAAGCAGCAGCAGCUGCUGCUGCUGCAGAUACACCCCAAAUGAAACAGACAACACAGGCUGGCUUUGAAUUCCCAGCAGAUAGGGGACUACCAGUUGAGGUGGUUCGCCUCACAGCAAAGCUCUUCUUAGAAAAAGGAGAGAAAUAA